GCAUUGUCACUCCCACCACAAACCCUAAUUAGGGUUUAUCCAAGAAACAGGGGACAAUGUCUCUCAGCUCCAUUUUCGACGAGGGGAUUCUCAAGGCGGAGCUCCAGCGCCAUGGCAUCAAGCCGCUACACGUCUACACCAUCUGGAGGCAUGUCAUGGAUCACCCAAACGCGGCGUUGCACCAGGUACCGGGGCUGCCUGGCGCGCUCUAUCCACUGCUGCGUACUCGAUUUAAGGCGCUCACGUCCACAUUGGCCGCUCACUCCACCUCCGCGAACGGCACUACCACCAAGCUCCUCCUCCAGCUCCAAAGUGGCCAAUCUGUGGAGACAGUGAUCAUGCGGCAUCACGGUGGAGCUGGGAAGUACGCCGGGGGCCCGAGACCUGGAUCCGAUCGUGCGACGCUCUGCGUCUCGUCUCAAGUGGGCUGCAAGAUGGGCUGUAGCUUCUGCGCGACUGGGACGAUGGGCUUCGUGGCCAACCUGACCGCGGGAGAGAUUGUGGAGCAGUAUGUUCACGCAUCAAGGAUGAGCCCCAUCAGGAACAUUGUUUUCAUGGGGAUGGGAGAGCCUCUUAACAACUAUAACUCGGUGGUGCAAGCCGUACAAACACUCACUGGACGCUGCUUUGGCCUGUCGCCAAGUCGUAUCACCAUCUCCACUGUGGGAAUUGUGCCUCGGAUACUCUCGGUAGCAGGCGAUCUCCCUGGCGUCAACCUGGCGCUCUCACUCCACGCUCCCACUCAAGCACUGCGCUGCCAGAUCGUACCAGCCUCCCGGGCCUUCACGCUUGACAAGCUCAUGGCCGCCGUGGAUGCGUAUCAAGCAUCAAGCAAUCGCACGCUCUUCAUCGAGUACGUGAUGUUGCAAGAUGUCAACGAUUCCUCUCAAGACGCUCGUCAGCUCGGGUGCCUGCUGCGAGACCGUAAAGUCGUGCUCAAUCUCAUCCCUUACAACCACACUUUUGUGGUUGGCGACUACAGGGCGACUCCGGCGGAUCGCGUGCACCACUUCCAGAAGAUCGUCCGAGAAGAGUUUGGGAUCCGCACGACCGUCCGCCAGGAAAUGGGACAGGACAUCGAUGGAGCUUGCGGGCAGCUCGCUCUCAAGAAACUCGAAGCUUCACCAGAUAUGGAGGACAUCUUCCUCGAUCUCCAAAGGAGAGAAGAGAGUCGGAGAUAGAACCAAAAAUCUCUCUUUUUUAUUUUGGCUACGUGAAAGAAGAACAAACGCAUCAGGCUUCUCGA